AUGGCCACCGUGUACUCUGGAGAGGACGAUUCUGGAGAGUGGUUUUCUGGAAAUGUUUUCACCUUUGUCACAUGUGGCUACCAGAAGGCAUGCCGCCACUCAGCUGCAGAGUCGAGGCUUUCGGAUUCCGUCCGGAAGGUGCUUGAAGCUGCCGUUCUGAAGCAUGCCCGGGCCUGCCAGGGGCAGAAACUGCCUUCGGUGGAGGCUUCGCGGAAGUGUCCUCCUGUACAACUGGGAACAACCUCGGAAGGUUCACUUAAGAGGAGCAUGGCCAUGGAAGCCGAAGGCUCAGAGUCAGACGACUUGGUGUACUCUGGACCAGACUUUCCCGAAGAACUAGACGAAUUCCUCGCCUACGGCGUGAGGGAGCAUGACGGUGACUUUGAGGCGAUCUCUGAAGACUUUCUGGAGAUUGCCCAGGGCCUGGAUGAGGAGCUUGUAGAGCGUGCCUACGAGUUCUACUCGCCGGAGGCCUUACGCAGGCGCUGGCGCUUCCUGACCGCGCUAGAAAGUGAGCCGGUCAGAGGUGCCAGUGCUUCAUCUAGUGCAUCCAGUGCAGACAUGCCUGGGCCAAGACCGGGCGAUGUGAGGAACCAGACAGAUCCCAUGGAAAUGCCACAUUUGUCGUUCUUUUCUGAAGACGUGAGAGACCAGAUCAAGGCAAUCUAUGACGAUGUGCAGGCGAAAUUGCCUUCUUCAUACCUAGAACAAGCUGAAGAUGACGAAGAUGUGCUUUGCGAAAAUUCAGAUUCGAUCGCACCAGAAAUGUCUGUCAGCGGAAAGAGUGGGAGUGGAGCUGUCGACGGCGAGGGCGUAGCUGACGCUGACGAUCAGGAUGCUGGCACCGAUGACGGGGACGUGUCUGACAGCGAUUCAGAGCUAUCUGACAGCAUGGAGGACACGGCCGUGUCUCUUUUCGGCACAGCAGACCUCAACGAGAUUCUCGCGAAUCUCUCGCGGCCGGAAGUUGAUGCCCUUCAGAUUGCAGAGGAGGCGCUCACUCCAGUAAAAAAGCCCGUCACUCGGGCUCAUGACACUGUGCCGUCCGAUGGAGAGUCCGAGCAGGCGUAUCAGGCAAGACGCCGAGCCCUCAAGGACUCCAGCAAACGCUUGGUUAGAAACAGCUUCGGAGCUGAACAAGAUCAGAAAAGACAAAUGCGCUCACCACCGGAACCCAGGUGUGAGGUGAAAUCAGUCAGUGCAUCGCAAAUCUCCGGAACAGCGAGGGCCUUGCAGCUGGUUGACCCCAACGACAGCGAGGCAGAGACCGAUGCAGCGGAGACUGAAUCGAAUGCAAGUGAGGAUGCGGACUACGAGGAAGACCAGGAUGUUCGCAUCCGCACAAUGUUGCAGCUCCUUCGCCAGGCGCCAAAUGGCGAUUGCCCCUGGGAUGUGUGGCUGAAAGCAACGCGUGCAUGGCCUCAGCUCAAGAUUCGCUUGGAUGACCCCGGCAUCUGCCGACGUAGACAAGGCUUGCGGGUUGAGUUUAGUGUGGACAAGCUGAAGUCGGCAUUGGAGGAGGAGCGGGCUGAAAGGUUUGUCAGAAAUGAGAAACGCAAGGAGAGGCGGUCGAAGAAUGGGGUUGUCGAGUUGGUCCGUGAAGCUGAGCGACGUAGAGACAUGAUGAGCGGGCGUUGGGACUUCAAGGACCUUAUGUUGGUCUCAACAUAG